AGGACAUCUGACUGGAGGCCACAGGAGCUUUAUGAAGGCAGCGGGACACAAUAAAUGGAGAGAUGACCAACCAAUCACUGUUGAUGAGAGGAGUGGUACCUCAACCCAGCAUGUUGUCGUGAUAGAGUCUGCAGGUGCAGAGGCUACAGGUCCUGGGGUGAAGCAGGAGAUGACUGAAGUAGUGGAGGACCCACGGCACAGCGGAGACGUCCAGACUGGAGCGGCAGGGGAGCCCCCUGUAGCCACAGAGAACCCCACCACCACCCCAGCGCAGUCCAGGACCCAACGCAGCAUCAUGGAGGAUGAGGGUCCAGAGGUGCUGCUGGUGAAGGAUGAGGGUCCAGAGGUGCUGCUGUUGAAGGAUGAGGGGUGUGAGGAGGGUCUACGGAACCCUGAGGGGACCAUGAUCAUGGAGGACAACCAGACUACACCUCCUCCUGAAUCCACAGAGGAACCAGCUGAGUUGCACAGGACCACAGUCAGUCUCGCUGAGCCAGUAGACAUGGAGGAUGGGAAGCCUGAUCUGCUGCUAGUCAAAGAGGAGACGAUAGAAGACGAACCAGAGAGCAUUGACCUGCUGAGUGGACUAAAGAAGGGGGAGCAAGGUAAAGGAGAAAUACAUAUAGCCCAUUGUCUUACUUCAGCUGACGUCACUCCAACACCACGCUCAUUCCUUCUCAUAGUACCGGUUUCAAUUCAAGUGCCAAUGCCGUUUAUCAAACUCCAGGUGGUGCUUUGGCCAGAUGACUUGAAAAUAGAGCUCUUUGGCGUCGAAAAAAUGAAAAAUGGAAGCAUAUGCAAAAAAAAAGUACCUCAUACCUACGAUGGUUGGCUGGAGGCUAACAGUGGAGACUGGAUGGCCAUCUUGGAUUCCCAAACCCAGAUGAGUACAGCCAAGGGCUCCAGGGAUAACAUCAACAAGCCGGCCUGGACCAGAGGCGACAUAGUGGUGGCCAGUGGAUGGGACAGCGUCCUUAACUCAGGGCUAGGGAGCAUUGUUCAACAUAAUCAGAAACUGACAGUUGAACACAAAACAACAUCUAAACUUAAUCUCCAUGACAACAUACUAGUUGAAACCAGGGCAAGGUGUAGAGUUAGUCCGCUGGGAUGGGGAGGUAUCCGUAUGAGAACAGACACAGACUUGGCUAGCAAUUCUCCGUCCUGCUCCUAUAGUUGUGAUUCAGAGAGACUGAUGGAGCCUCAGGUUAAUGCCUUAACAGGUUCUGCCUUCAGCCUUCCUUCUAAAGGAUCUAUCAACUUGAACAUUGACCCUGCGACAACACAGACACUCUCUGGCCUUCGUCCUCCUCACACUCUCCUGUUAAACCAGACCUCAGACAAUGCCAAUGUCUCAACACUUAAUGGCUACACAAGUCCAUUGACAAUUGACAGUAGUAGUAGUAUCGCUAUCAGCAGAUCCAGUGGCAAAGAGAAGCGCUUCCCAUGUUCGUUUUGUGGGAAAGCCUUUAGUUUCCCCAAACAGAUGGAGAUCCACCAGAGGAUGCACACGGGGGAGAAACCAUUUGGCUGUCAGCUGUGCCGGGCUAGUUUCUCUCAAUCCUCCAACCUGAAGAGGCACCAGAGAGUCCACACAGGGGAGAAACCCUACAGCUGCCCCCAGUGUGAGAAGAGGUUCUCCCGCCAGCACCAGCUGAAGAUGCACCUGAAGGUCCAUACAGGAGAGAGGCCGUUUGCCUGUACACACUGUGGGAAGAGGUUCUCAGAGAGGAGCUACCUCAGGAUACACCAGCAGAAAAUGCACACGGCACAUGUAUAGAGUAUAGAGAGACAUGUAAUGUAAUACUAGUUAGUUUGUAGUUAAUUCUGUUGGUAAUGGAUGUAUCGGGAACUGGAUGAGGUGAACUGAGGAAAGAAUGAGUAUGAUGAGGCCGAGUAGAUGAUAUGGUGAUGGAUGGUGGAAAAAUGCUUCACUAAUGAAGUGACAAACUUUGUCUUUAGGUGUUUUAUAGUGAGAUAAUGAUAGUGCCUUAAUUCAUGAUGUAUUGAAGCUGUGUGUAAUAUUGAACCAUUUCCAAAGUAUUCUAUAGUUACAUCAAAGCCGAAGGUACUAGAUUUACAGAAAAGGUCAAUUGUGAGAAGUUUUUCUACUUGUCAUGUAUCGUUUUGUGCAAUACAUGUGAUUUGUAAUGCUAUUUGUUUAAAUUAAAUACUAAAUUGAC